GAAGAUGUCGAACCUUGGCAACAGCGAUACCAAGCCCCCUUGUCUACCCCGGAAUGGACUCGUUAAGCUCCCCACCCAGGCCAAUGGACUCGGCUCCGCGAGCAUCACCAAAGGGACUCCAGCGAUGAAAAACCGCCUGUGCCAGUCUUCCGUGCCUGCAAUCAUCAGCCCAGCCUUAAUGAAUCACAGUGACCUGUCCAUGCCUGGCCUCACUUCACCAUUGUCUUUGGCGGCUCUGGCAGGAGGGCCUUCAGGAGCCACCAUGGUGGGACUUCCCGCCGAUGAGAUUUCUCCAGCCAACGGCGACCUCCCAUCCCUGGGUGACCUCUCUGGCUCCCCCACCAAAAGGCACCUGGCUGUGGAUGAGAAGAUCCUGAACCGCCUGUUUAUGUACUUUUCAGCCUGUGAGAAAUGCAUCCUGGCCCAGGUGUGCAAAGCGUGGAGGAGAGUCUUGUAUCAACCCAAAUUUUGGGCGGGUCUCACGCCGGUGCUGGACACCAAAGAACUCUACAACGUCCUGCCCAACGGAGACAAGGAGUUUGUCAACCUUCAAGGUUUUGCCAUCCGGGGGUUUGACGGUUUCUGCCUUGUGGGGGUUUCCGACUUGGACAUCUGUGAGUUCAUCGAUAAUUACGCCCUCUCCAAGAAAGGGGUGAAAUCUAUGAGCCUUAAGAGAUCGACCAUCACAGAUGCAGGUCUUGAGGUCAUGCUGGAACAGAUGCAAGGUCUUAUGCACUUGGAGCUUUCUGGAUGCAACGAUUUCACUGAGGCCGGUCUCUGGUCGAGUCUGAAUGCCCGCAUCUGCUCCCUGAGUGUCAGCGACUGCAUUAACGUGGCUGACGAUGCCAUUGCGGCCAUCUCACAGCUGCUGCCCAACUUGACUGAGCUCAACCUUCAGGCCUAUCACGUGACGGACACAGCCCUGGCUUACUUCACUGCCAAGCAAGGUUACACCACCCACACCCUCCGCCUGAACUCCUGCUGGGAAAUCACGAACCACGGCGUGGUGAACAUGGUGCACAGCCUCCCCAACCUGAGCGUGCUCAGCCUCUCCGGCUGCUCGAAAGUGACGGACGACGGCGUGGAGUUGGUGGCAGAGAACCUCCGCAAGCUUCGGAGCCUGGACCUCUCAUGGUGCCCUCGGAUCACCGAUAUGGCUCUGGAGUACAUCGCUUGUGACCUCCACAAGUUAGAAGAGCUGGUGCUGGAUAGGUGCGUACGGAUAACGGACACUGGGCUCAGCUACUUGUCCACCAUGUCCUCGCUUAGGAACUUAUAUCUCCGCUGGUGCUGCCAGGUCCAAGAUUUUGGCUUGAAACAUCUGUUGGGAAUGAGAAGCUUACGUCUCCUGUCACUUGCCGGCUGCCCUCUGCUGACCACCACUGGACUUUCAGGCCUAGCUCAGCUGCAGGAUUUGGAAGAACUGGAGCUGACCAACUGCCCAGGGGCGACUCCAGAGCUCUUUAAGUACUUUUCCCAGCACCUGCCUAGCUGCAUGGUGAUUGAGUAAGCCACUCGCU